GUACUGGGCCUGUUUUUCUUCUAACCAUGUUCGCUUCUAUAUAAAUGUUGUAUUUCAUGAGCAACCUGCUGUUCUGUUCAGCCGAGAGAAGCUUCAUCUUUGUUCACAAACGCAGCUAGCAUCCGCAUGUAUGUACGCGUGGAUUCCAGUUUGAACGACCUUCGGAAAAGCCAAAACGCGCGGGAAAUAUGUCUAAAAUAACCGGGUACGACACACAUGAUGACGGGCCAGGAUUUGUUGGCAUUAGGUUCUGUCAAGAAUGCAAUAACAUGUUAUAUCCCAAAGAAGACAAGGAGAACAAAGUGUUGAUGUACGCUUGCAGGAACUGUGAUUUCAAACAGUUGGCCGACAGCAAUUGCAUUUACGUGAACAAAAUUAUGCACGAAAUAGACGAAUUGACACAUAUUGUCGCGGAUGUUAUAUCUGACCCUACUUUACCAAGAACGGAAGAACAUCCAUGCCCUAAGUGCAAUCACAGAGAAGCAGUGUUCUUCCAAGCUCAAACUCGAAGAGCAGAGGAGGAAAUGAGACUGUAUUAUGUCUGUACUAACCAACACUGUUGCCACAGGUGGACUGAAUGAAUGUGUUUUGAUAUUUUUCAAGGGCUGAAUGUCGUACUGUUAAGGAAAGCAAAUAUAUCAUUUUAUUAUAUGUAAGUUAUUGUAUUUAUACACAAAUAUAAUUAUAAAAGAUA